AUGGGCCUUAAAGAGUCUCAAAAUGAUGAUAUGAUAAUAGGAAAGAAACAACAAGAUAACUGGUAUGUUAAAUAUGAACCAAAGUGCUUAUCUCAAGUUGCAAUCCAUAAACGGAAGUUGAACGAUAUAGUAAGUGAAAUCAAAAGUAUUCUUGAUGGUAAAAGUGAACAUAAAAUAGUUUUACUUACAGGACCAAGUGGCUGUUCUAAGUCUACUGUUAUAAAAUUAAUAGCUAAUGAACUAAUUCCAGAGUACAGAAAGCAAAAUAAUAAUGGUUUUAAGAAUGCUUCCAAAGAUGCUUGUUUUACAGAAUACUCUACUGAUGAUACUACAAUAUCACCCUUAUACUCUUUUGAGAAUUUUUUAGAAUCUGUAAAAUAUUUAGUGGGGCCCAAUUUACAAUUAAUAUUGGUUGAGGACCUUCCCAAUAUUUUUUAUCCUGACAUAAAGUUAAGGUUCCAAAACUCUUUGAAAAAAUGGAUUAAUGAUGAUACAAGAAAGAAUCCCCCUUUAGUAAUUUGUUUAACUGAAUGUGAAAUACCUGCAUUGUAUGACGAAAAUUCUGAUUUUCACAGAUUUACGAUUGAACAAAAAUUUAUCAGCGAAACGGUAUUCGAUAAGGAAAUUUUAAACAGUCCUAGCGUGUUUAGAAUUAGGUUCAAUCCAAUUAAUAAAACUUUGAUUACCAAAGUGUUGAAGGACAUACAAUCAAAAGAAAAGCUGCAGCUCCAAAAAAAUGAUAAACUAAGGGGAGGUAAACCGUUGAGAGCCAUUCAAGAGAUAGCCGGGUCUUGUGGUGAUAUACGAUCUGCGAUCACCAAUUUUCAAAACUGGGCAAUGAUGCCUCCUCAUGUAAACCCCGCAAUUCACACGAGACAGGAGGGCGUGUCGUAUUUUCAUGCAGUGGGGAAAUGUGUUUUUGGUUCUCAGCAUGCUAAUAAUGAUACAGGUACCAUGAUAGAUGCGUUGAUAGAAAACUAUGUUUCAAUACACGAUCCAAAUUUGAAACUCGGAGUUUAUGAAAAUUACCAUAUUUCCAAAGAUUUGAGCAUUAGUGUUGCCAGUGACAUAUUAGAUAUUAUAGGCUUAAGUGAUAUAAUGGGGACUAGUAGUAACAUUGCGAAUGAUGAAUAUUGUUUCAGGGGUGUUCGUGAAAGAUUGAAAGGAGGUGUUGAUACAGAAUCUAGUCAUAGGAAAAUAAAAUUUCCGCGAGAAUGGAAAAUGAACAAAAAAAGGUUUAGUUACCGCUCAGAAGUUGACGAUUUUUAUCUUUUGAAUAUAUCCAAAUAUAAAGAGAAUUUCCAAAAAAGGGACAUUGAUCUGUACUAUUCCUAUUAUUCACCAACCAUUAGAAAGUUUCAACACUUUAAAAAAAACUACAUUUUGUCGUGUUUGAAAUCGAACCCAGCUACAUCACAUAACAAAAUCGAUUCAGACAUUGUAACAGUUGAUGAAAAUACAGAUUAUUUGGAUAGAUUGGGAGGCAAGAUCGUUGGAUUAGAUGCAGAUUCUGAAAUGCUAAAAUUUGAAAACAAGUACACGGAUGAUUCAUGCAUGGUUUUCAAUAAAAACAAAAUAUUUUUAAGUAGCUCCAACUUUAGCUCCAACAAAAAUGAGAUAUCAAAAGAUCUUUCUGCAGAUGAUGAUUUUGAUGAAUUUGAAAUUGACAAAAUUAUAGAAGAUAGUGACAUAGAAGAAAGCGGGAAGGAAAAAACAAAUAAUGAUCAUGGAAUUGAUACUAGCAAAGAUGGAGAUGAGGAGGAUGAAGAUGAUUAUUUAAUUAAGAUGUUUUCCCAAGCACCAUCCUUCCAAAAUGAUACUAUGGAUCAACACAUGAAUAGUCUUUCUGAUAGUGACAUCGAUAUAUUAAAUAAUGUUUAA